AAGUGUAAUAAAACAAGUUAUUUCCAAUUAUUUCGUACAUUACAAAUAGCUAUCAGAUUAUUUUGAAUAAAUUUUAUGGAUAUUGUUUAAAAUGAGUGAUACUACGGCUUCUAAUGUUAUUACGGAAAUUACAUCUUUAAUCAGAAAUUGGGAAGAAGAACAUUUACAACAAAAUUAUGAUCCCGUACCAACACUUACCAAAAUGGCAGAAAUUAUUGAAGUGGAGAUGGAAAACUAUUUAAAGAUGGAUCCUGACCCUUUUGAUGAAAGGCACCCUUCUCGUACUGAUCCUGAUUGCAAAUUAGGACAGAUUUUAAAAAUCAUGUUUAGAAAAGAUAAUCUUAUGAGCAAGCUGUUGAAUGAUUAUUUAAGAGACACCUAUUAUAGUAGAAAUAAUAUUAUUGAUAGAGACAUUGAUCAGCUGAAUAUUGCUGCUUGUAGACUGUUAUUGGAUCUAAUGCCUGGUUUAGAGACAUCAGUUGUGUUUCAAGAUAUGGACAGUCUUAUACAUCGGUUAAUUAAAUGGGUGACAAAUUCAAUUGAACCUUUACAAAGUUAUGCGACUGGUGUGUUAGCGGCUGCAAUGGAUAUACCUGAAAUUGCGGCUAAAUUUAGGGAGCAAAACAGCCGACUGGUGCCACUUUUAUUACAACGACUAAAGAGAUUAAAGAACUCGUCUGAGUUUACUAAAAAUUGUAACAGCACUAAUUUUAAUAGGCCUUUUGCUCAUUUUUCUUCAAUGAAAUCACCACCAUAUCGAGGAGACGGUAUCAUAAAGAUAAAUUCUGUAGUAUCUAAUGGAGCAUUGCCAAAUGAAUCUUUGGAUGGAAGUAAAGAUACUAGUAUUAGUGAGUCUCCGAAUAAAAGAAAAAAGUCUUUAGAACCUGAGUUUACAAGUCCUCAGACCACUGAUAAUGACAUGCAUAAACGAAAAAGACAAAGAUUAGAUAGUGAAUCAUCUCCACACUCAUCAAUUUUAGAUACAACUGUUAGUCCAAGGAGAGCAAAUUCAAUUUUUGCAGAAUCAAGCAACUCAUCAUGGGCGGAACUAGAAAAUUUUAUGAUAGGAAAUGUUCAAAUAUUUCCCCCGACAAUUGCAACACGUCAAAUAUUAAUUUUACGCUAUCUAACGCCUAUUGGAGAAUAUCAGGAAUUUUUAGGCCAUGCAUUUCAUGAUAACAAUGCUUUAGAGCUAAUAUUGUGUUACGUAAAUGUUAGGGCAACUAAAGAAGCUAGAUUGGCCUUUGAGGCUUUGAAAUAUUUGGCAGCCCUUUUGUGUCACAAGAAGUUCUCGAUUGAGUUUAUCCAAAUGAGAGGUUUGGAAGCAUUAUUGGAUGUUCCUAGACCUUCUAUAGCUGCCACCGGUGUGUCAAUUUGUUUAUAUUAUUUGGGAUAUUGUGAAGAAGCUAUGGAAAGGGUUUGCUUGUUACCCAAGUAUAUUAUUACAAGUUUAGUAAAAUACGCAUUGUGGCUUUUGGAAUGUUCACAUGACUCGGGUAGAUGUCAAGCAAUCAUGUUCUUUGGUCUAACGUUUCAAUUCAAGAUUAUUCUGGAUGAGUUCGAUGCUCAGGACGGCUUAAGGAAACUUCACAAUGUGAUAUCUACCUUACCAAUUUUGUUACCUGACACUGACACUGGCCAACUUAACGAGGACCAAGAGUGUGCGGCCAGGCAGAUUGUCAGGCAUGUCUGUGUGGCUUACAGGCGAUAUUUGGAGGCGCACUUGUAUUUAAAAACUGAAGUUAUCAAGAGGUCGCAACUAAGACCGAAUGACAAGCCUUAUUUGUCUGCUCUUCCUCCAUAUAAGGCAUGUAAAUUAUCUCCAGAAGAAAUCCAACAGAACAUCGAACUCCUUCUUCAGAACAUGCCUUUCAGGUGCCACUGGGCACCCGUAGACCAACUUUUAAAACUGGGCGGAGUUACAUUGCUCUUAAAAAUUAUAGCAUUCGCUUACGAGUGGAACUACAGCGGCCGCGCCGAAACCGUUAGGUCAGCCCUAGAUGUCCUCGCUAUCGCCUGCGUAAUGCCAAAAGUCCAACUGCUCUUCUGCGAGAAAGUCGACCUUCCCGAAGAAAGCAUUACCAUCGGUUUCAACAUCAUUCUCGGCGCCGCAGAAGGAGAAAUAGUUGCCGACGCCGACGUUCAAAAAUCGGCGUUGAGAGUUUUGGUUAACUGUAUGUGCGCGCCUAUCAACAGGGUUGGCGGGACUGUUUCUAGAUUUUCCCAAGGUGCUACAAAUUCCCCUAGUAAAAAACUUAAGUAUAAAAGUUCCGAAGAGUUAAUUCAAAAAGUUUGGGACUGUGCAAGAGCGAACAGCGGUAUUAUGGUGCUUAUUCAGUUAAUGAACGUGAAAACUCCGAUAACUGACGCUGAUUGUAUAAGAACUUUAGCCUGUAAAACUUUGGCUGGAUUAGCCAGAUCUGACACAGUAAGACAGAUAGUUUCAAAACUGCCUCUUUUUACUAGCGGACAACUUCAAAACCUCAUGCGCGAUCCGAUUUUACAAGAAAAACGACAGGAACACGUGAUGUUUCAAAAAUACGCUUUGGAGUUGUUAGAACGAUUAUCCGGGAAAACAAAGUACGUUGGGAACAAUUUAGAAGUUUCCCUAGCGAACAUUCACAGAAUACACAAAGCCAACAUUGUAGCCCAGACUAAAAUUCAAUUUAACGAUAGACAGUUACUACAAUUAAUCCACCAUCAUUUAGUUACAAAGGGCUUUGUAGACACGGCAUCUAUGUUAGUGAAAGAGGCCAGCCUGAGCAAUGCUAUAACUUCUUUGUCUUUGCAACACCCCACUAAAUUUAGGUACACGACUAAUCUAACACCUACUAGGACCAGGUUGAGUUUCUCAGCCGGUCACCGAGCAUUACCUUCUUCAAGUUCCUCAGAGAAUAUUUCCAGUGCACUUCAAAGUGUUAAUACUAGUGCAAAUAAUAGUAUAAACGGGACAACGCCAAAUAUAGGAACGAUCAAGCUUGUCAAAAAAACUCCUCAAACUCCUUUGACUCCUGUUCAAAACUCGCGACUUCAAAAGCAAGUUUCUAGCGAGCCUCAUGUUAGGCAACCGGGCGUUAUCGCUCAGGAAGAGGUUCCAGAUCAACCAAGGGUGACGCUUGAAUCGAUCAUAACUGAAUACCUGACCAACCAGCAUGCUUUGUGCAAGAACCCCAUGGCAACGUGUCCACAGUUCAACCUGUUCGUCCCUCACAAAUGUCCCGAUCCUAAACCAAAAAUAUUCACGGCGAAUAAUUUUGUGAUGAGGUGUGCCAGAAGGUCCCUAGGUUACCAGUCGAAGACCAUGGACAGGAGGUUUAUUCAUUCGCGAUUUUGUCCUGUUCAAACCAUCAGGUCGUCUACGGAUGAGGGGUUCUUCACGGUGGCUAAGUUCCUGCCUGGAAGGAAUUGUGUGAUAGUGGGGGAUUACAAUGGAUAUAUUCAUAUUUAUAAUAAGUUAACGGCUAUUGAGGACAAUAGUUUUGCUGCGCAUGACAAUUAUAUUGUUCAUAUUGAGCCGGAUCGUACGGGAGAAUUACUUUUGACCAGUUCGACGUGGGGCAGACCAGUUUCGGCAUUGUGGGGCAUGAAAACCUUUGAUAUGAAAUUUCCUUUCAAUGACGAGGAGCACGUAGAAUUCAGUAAAGUAUUACAGGACCGGAUCAUCGGGACAAAGGGUGAAGUAGCGACGAUAUUUGAUAUAAACACCGGAAAUGUUGUAACAAAGCUUGUGCCAACGAUUAGCAAUCAGUACACGAAAAACAAAGCCACCUUCAGUAUGAACGACGAAUUGGUUUUGUCAGACGGUGUCCUUUUUGACGUCAAUUCCGGAAAACCUAUUCACAAACUGGAUAAACUCAAUCAAAACCAAAGUGGCGUGUUUCAUCCCAAUGGUCUUGAGAUUAUAUCCAACACGGAAGUUUGGGACAUCAGAACAUUCCACUUACUGAAGACCGUGCCCGUUCUGAACCAGUGCUCGGUGAUAUUUUCACCCGUCAACAGCGCCCUCUACGCCAUCUCGAUGGAACGCGAGAUCGACGAAGGCGACACGGCCUUCGAUACCAGCUUUAAAACUGUCGAUUCGAAUGAUUACUCUAGUAUAGCUACCAUAGACGUAAAGAAGAACAUCUACGAUCUGGCUGUUAAUUGUUACGACACGCAGAUUUCGAUAGUGGAAAACCAGGGAAUGUACAAUUCCGUACAGGAAUCUGUAGUGCGGUUGUACGAUGUUGGAAGAAGGAGGGACGACGAAGACGAACAGGAUGAAGAAGAAGAUGAUGAUGAUGAAAUGGAUAAUGACAACAGCGAUGAUGAAGGAUCGGAUACAGAAGAUCAUGUCGUCAUAGAUUUAGGAGCGGGCGAUAACGAGAAUAACGAUAAUAACGACGACAAUAACGAGGAUAACGGCGACGAGGAUAACGACAGCGACGACGCCACGUGGACCACAUUGUCCACCGGGUCGGACGACUCGGACGAUUCACUACUGGACAUUGCUUUUUUACAAUGGAUGGAUUUGCUCUAAUUAAUUUUAAAUCAAAAAACGUUCGGAAAUAUUUUUAAAACAGUCGAACUUUUCGUGACCAAGCGAAUCCUUUUUUCUUCCCCUAUUAUAAUUGCUGCGUAAUUUUAUUUAGUCGUUAGGUUUUCAGAUGUGUGUACAGAGAAUACUUGUGUUAAAAUAUAGAGUGCAAUGGUUAUUCAAUAAUGUAAGAGAAGAUAAACGAUUUUUUAAUACACUGGGACAGUCAAACUGUUUACUUUUUUUAAUCAAAUCAGGAACAAUAUGUAGGGUGUACCAUAGGCGUCAACAGAAUAUUUUUUCUUUAUAUUUAUUUCUCUAUACCGGAUUAUGCAUCGGUUCAGAACAUUACUGUGUAAAUUUUGACAAAGUCAAAUAUUAUCUCCCCCAGAUGAUUUUAUGCAAAAAUUGUAUUAGUUUUUUUGAGAAUGUGUUAAAUUUGUACCUUUGUCUAGAAUUUCGUUUUAUUUGGAGUAGGGAUCUAAAAGUUAUUUGCAAAAAACUACUUCAAAUGACUUAAAAAUUUAUAAUACGGCCCAGAAAAAGCUACA